AUGAAACCCCAGAUGUUUACAUCGUGGAGCGCCUCUUCUCCAGCAGCCUGGUGGUGGUGGUUAGUCAAAGCAAGCCGCAGCAAAUGAACGUCUAUCACUUCAAGAAAGGGACGGAGAUCUGCAAUUAUAGCUAUUCCAGCAGCAUCCUGUCCAUCCGGCUGAACCGGCAGAGGCUGAUCGUUUGCCUGGAGGAGUCUAUUUAUAUUCAUAACAUUAAGGACAUGAAGCUUUUGAAGACUAUCCUAGAUACACCUCCAAAUGCAACAGGUUUAUGUGCGCUUUCUAUUAACCAUUCCAACUCCUACUUGGCGUACCCUGGCAGCUCGACGACUGGGGAAAUCGUGCUUUAUGACGGAAAUCAUUUGAAAACUGUCUGCACGAUCCCUGCCCACGACGGGCCCCUGGCUGCGCUUACCUUCAACUCUGCUGGAUCAAAGCUGGCAAGCGCUUCAGAGAAAGGCACCGUCAUCCGUGUGUUCUCCGUGCCUGAAGGGCAAAAGCUGUACGAAUUCAGGAGAGGAAUGAAGAGGUAUGUGAACAUCAGCUCUCUUGUGUUCAGCAUGGACUCGCAGUUCCUCUGUGCUUCAAGCAACACUGAGACUGUGCACAUCUUUAAACUGGAACAUCUCACAGACAGCCGGCCAGAAGAGCCUCCAACUUGGAGCGGUUACAUGGGGAAGAUGUUCAUGGCAGCUACCAACUACCUCCCCUCUCAAGUGUCAGGCAUGAUGAGCCAGGACCGAGCCUUUGCCACUGUCCGUUUGAACUUCUCGGGACAAAGGAACAUCUGCGUGCUUUCCACGAUCCAGAAGCUGCCUCGACUGUUGGUUACCACAUCAGAUGGACACCUUUAUAUCUACAAUCUGGACUCUCAAGAUGGAGGAGAGUGCAUCUUGAUUAAGAAACACAGUCUGCUUGGGCCAAGGAAGAUGGAAGAGAACAAAGAAAAUGACCUCCGGCCUCCAUUACCUCAGUCCUACGCAGCAACAGUAGCCAGACAGAGUACGAUGCCUUCGACCUCGUCCAUGCCAGGUUACUCAGAAGACGGGGGUGCCCUGAGAGGAGAGGUUAUCCCAGAGCAUGAGUUUGCAACAGGACCCGUGUGCCUUGAUGAUGAGAAUGAGUUCCCUCCUUGCUCCAGGAUGCUUCACCGAGGGCAGCCUUAGUGGAAGUAUAGCUAUCAUUUGCUUCCUUAAGGCAACUCCUGAGUCAGUGGCUUGGAAGGGAGUUUGGCCUGAUUAAGCCUUGCAGGCAGAAGGACACCCACAACACACCCAGGUAUGAUGACUGUAGCUUGAUCAGCUUGGUGAUGGUUAAUCCAGUGCCGCUGCACACAAAGAUUUGGUCAUUUGUGUUUCUGAAAGUCCUUAAGCCAUGGCCCCCAGUUCAGCUACCAGCCUCCUGAGAGCAAAAUCUCUUGGGGAAAAUGUCUGAGAAAAAUACACCACUGUAAGAGAGUACUGAAUGCAUCUCCAUCAGGACAAAAACCUGCCUGGGGAUGGCAGGCCCCACUGGAGACCUGUGAAUGAACGUGGCCAUUUGUGUUUGGUGGGGAGGCUGAACCCUUCUGGGCGCAGGGCGGGUGGGAAAGUCCGAGCACCGCAGCUCUGCCAAGGUACUUUCCAGGACAGGGUGCAGAUAGCCACCAAAUAUCUCCACUGCUUUGCUGUGGCUUGUGCUGGGCUAGCUGGUAUGAAGUUGCUGUUGAAAGUUCUUGCUCUUGUGUAUCUCAUGGCUGUGUGCGGAGGAAGUGGUGAUACUAGUUGCAGGGGUUAAGAGCUGAAAUAUUACGAUCAAGCUUGGUCUACUUCUCUUGUGUCCUGGAUGAGGCGCUGGCUGGAUCAAGGCUCUGUGCAUCACCCAGCCAGAUUGUUCCUGUUCUCACUGCUGUAAAUGUAGGGCAAAAAAAUAAAUGACCUACAACUCCCCCCACCUCCCUCGGGACAGAAGGUCAAGCACUGCAUGGUGCCUUCCCUCCUCUCCCCUGCAAGCACAGUAUUGAUUUGAACACACCCUGCUUAACAGCCUGUUGCUGCGGAAAGUAAGGCAGUUCUGUUUUGAUUUUGGUAGAUAAACUUGUGCCGUGGAAGUCUGUCGGGCAAAGUGAAGAGGUCAUGAUGAGAAGCACGCGGCAGCAUUCGGGACAGCGCUGGGAGGUGGUUUGGAAAAGCCAGGAAUGUGGAAGAACGCAUUUGUGAGUGCCCCCGGGGGGAACGGUCCGAACUGCUCUGUUCCCUUUACUACGGUCUGAUCAAGUGAUUAUUACCUGCCCCUGCUGGCCCUUUGUGUGGAGUGGUAUAUGGGUGUGGUAUAAACGUACUGUAUGCACAUUGCUAUAUUUAACAAAUGAUAUAUUAGAACCACAGUGUAAAUGCUAACUUAACUAGAUUUCUAUGUAACCUGAAUUUUAUAUAUAUGGAUUUCCUCUUUUCUAAUUUAAGCUGUUUCAUGUGUAUAAAUGUACCAAUAGGAAAGUCUAUUAAACUACAUCUUUGUACAGUACCCAUGCAAAAUGUUUUUGCAGUGGUAUUGGGAAAGUCACAACUUAUUCCAUUUGAAUAAGUAAUAAAGUUGUCAUGUGUCAGCUGC